AUGUCUUCAGCAAAACGGCCUUUGGAAGAUCCCUCUUCUCCUUCGGCCCCGACUGACCUGCCAGACGCGAAGCGGCCAGCGCUAGACAAGGUGGUCAGAGAAGAUGCUGUGGCUGAGGGAUCAGCUCCUCCUAGCACCGGAUCAGCCGAAGGCCUCAAGCCCACCGAAAAGCACCCACUACCGGCACCUGUGACAAACGGAUCGACAGAAGGUCAUGUUGAUGGUGCUACAGCAGUGGGAACCAAGGGCGCACCAGCCGCUCCCUUACCCGAGACACAGUCGCAAAAUGCGGGUUCCGAAAACGAUCGAGCCACGUCUCAGGCUCCAUCUAUGCCGCCGCAGGACGAGACAAACUGGAUUCAUAUUCGUGCAGUCAUUUCCAGUGCAGAAGCCGCAACCUGUAUUGGAAAAGGGGGCGAGAAUGUCACCCAAAUCAGAAGACUUUCUGGUGCCAAGUGCACUGUGAGCGAUUACUCAAGGGGGGCUGUUGAGCGCAUCUUGACUGUUAGUGGUGCUCAAGAUGCCGUCGCAAAGGCUUUCGGCCUCAUCAUUCGCACUCUAAAUAACGAGCCCCUCGAAGCUCCGUCGACUGCGCAAUCAAAGACUUACCCACUGCGACUCCUGAUUCCGCACAUCUUGAUCGGCUCUAUCAUUGGGAAAUCCGGUGUGCGCAUCCGAGAAAUUCAGGAAGCCUCUGGCGCUCGCCUCAACGCUUCAGAUUCGUGCCUGCCUCUUUCCACCGAGCGCUCUCUCGUCGUCCUGGGCGUUGCUGAUGCUGUUCACAUUGCCACAUACUAUAUUGCCGUUACAUUGGUUGAGCAAUUGACGGAACGUUUUGGUGGCCCUGCCGCGUCCGCCUAUGCCACAAGAAGUGGUGGUCCGGCAGGAGUCGUCCCUGGUGGAAUGCAGGUUGUGCCAUAUGUUCCUCAGCCAGCCGGCGGUCAGUACGGCCAUCCGGACAUGUACAAGAGGCACAAUACGCAUCCUCCACAACGAGUGCCUCCUCAGCCCUAUGGCGCACCGCAGAUGCACGGUACUCCCCAACAGCCGUAUCCUCCGUUUGCUCAGCCUUACGCAGCAACGACGCCACGGACUCCAAGCUAUGGAGUCGGCCCACAGCAACCGGCAGCGUAUGGCCAAAUGCCACCUCAGCCCGCCGCUCAUGGACAACCGGCGCAACCAGCGCACGGGAUGCCAGGACAACCAAUCACUCAGCAGAUCUUCAUUCCCAACGACAUGGUCGGUGCGAUCAUUGGCAAAGGUGGCGCGAAGAUCAAUGAGAUUCGGCAUCUCAGUGGAAGUGUCAUCAAGAUCAAUGAGCCACAGGACAACAGCAAUGAAAGAUUAGUCACCAUUACCGGAACGCAAGAAUGCAACCAGAUGGCAUUGUACAUGCUUUAUUCGAGGCUGGAGAGCGAGAAACAUCGGAUCUGA